AACAUCUCCAAUACAGCAGCGGCAGCGGCGGCCUCAUCUUCGUCGUCGACGGUAGCAGCGGUGGGGAACAACAUCUUAAACGUUCUCGAACGCAAGGCGGCAACGUGUAUCUACAAAAUGGAUGUGGACUCCUCGGAUGAAAAUGGACCUCAAACAUUCCUCAAUACAAACGAUAACGAUGAUGAACUUAUUAAACAACUGCCAAAGGAAAUACUAUUACGUAUAUUUUCAUAUUUGGAUGUGGUUUCAUUAUGCAGAUGUGCACAAGUCUCCAAAUAUUGGAAUAUCUUAGCUUUAGAUGGAUCCUGCUGGCAGAAAGUCAAUCUAUUUGAUUUUCAACGUGAUAUUGAGGGUCCCGUCAUAGAGAAUAUAUCCCAACGCUGUGGAGGAUUUUUGAAAUUUUUAUCGCUGCGUGGUUGCAAAUCUGUGGGCGAUCAAUCAAUACAAACUUUAGCCGACUACUGCCACAACAUAGAACAGUUGGAUUUAUCGGAAUGCAAUCGAAUAACAGAUAUAUCGACCGAAUCGAUAAGUCGCCAUUGUUCAAAAUUAGCCUCCCUUAAUUUAGAAUCAUGUUCUAAUAUCACCGAUAAUAGUUUAAAAUAUAUUUCGGAUGGUUGUCCGAAUCUACAAGAAAUCAAUAUAUCAUGGUGUCAUUUAAUAACGGAAAAUGGUGUCGAAGCUUUAGCCCGUGGUUGUAAGCAUUUGCGUAAAUUCUGCAGCAAAGGUUGUAAGCAGGUUAAUGACAAUGCCAUAACGUGUUUGGCUAAAUAUUGUCCCAAUCUAAUGGUGCUCAAUUUACACAGCUGUGAGACCAUCACCGAUUCAUCGAUACGACAAAUCGCCAGCAAUUGUCACAAUCUACAAAAAUUGUGCGUAUCCAAAUGUGCCGAACUGACCGAUCUCUCACUGAUGGCACUCUCACAAAAUAAUCCCUAUUUGAAUACGCUGGAGGUAUCCGGUUGUCGUAAUUUCACCGAUUUAGGCUUUCAGGCAUUGGGUAAAAAUUGUAAAUAUUUGGAACGUAUGGAUUUGGAGGAGUGUAAUCAGAUAACUGAUUUAACGCUGGCACACUUGGCCACCGGUUGUCCAAGUUUAGAAAAAUUGUUUCUAUCGCAUUGUGAACUGAUAACCGAUGAUGGUAUACGCCAACUGGCAGCUGGUAGCUGUGCUGCGGAAAGUUUAUCCGUCCUCGAAUUGGAUAAUUGUCCAUUAAUCACUGAUCGUACAUUAGAGCAUUUAGUUUCUUGUCAUAAUUUACAAAGAAUUGAGCUAUUUGACUGCCAAUUAAUUACAAGAGCAGCAAUACGCAAACUAAAGCAACAUUUACCAAAUAUAAAAGUUCAUGCGUACUUUGCCCCAGUUACACCGCCACCAGUUACCACUGGACAACGACCACGUUAUUGUCGAUGCUGUGAGAUUUUGUGAGAUUCGGCCAUUGGCUUUGCACGGAAGCUGCUGUGUAAAGGCCCCACGGACUGAUGGUAUAUAUUUUCGACAAUUAUCCUGAUUAUCUUGACGAUAUUGGUGGCAUCGCUUUUGUUGGUACAUGUCUUUGCGGCUAUAUAUAAAUUGAAUAUUUGAGUUUG